CCAUCUCCCAGGUUGUUUUCUCUUCCACUUCUCUUCGGCCUUCAAGCCUUCAGUAUCCCUUCUCUUUUCACAACCUUCCAACAUCUUUCACUCAGAGUCAACCGUCAAGAUGCGUAUUGUCAUCAUCACCCUCCUUUUGGCUCUCCUUGCCACCAUGGCUGCUGCGCAGCACACCGUCAACUGCUGGGGCAAGGCCAUCCACCCGGAGCUGAGCCGUGUCCAGGAGGCCAUUCGGUUCUUCGAGCACACCAUCGACAAUGUCAACCCCAGGUUCCCCGCUGCCGUCCACGCUGGCCGUCACUCGUGUGUCGAAACCUACUGUGUCCACAAGACCAGUAUUCGCUACUGCAAUGAUUCAAACCAGGGCCGCACCAUGCCCCUCCAGAACAUCAUGGACAGCACCAUUGUGAUCUCCAGGGAAUGCGUCGCCGACCACGAGGGCAAGAAGGUCGCCGGCGGCGUUGUCGAUCACCCCGACCAUUGGUCUGUCGUCGUUCAGAAGGAUGAUAGCUGCACUGCCGAGGGCAUCCAGGAUAUCCCGGGUAUUCAGAAUGGUACCGUGACCGUCGUGGGUGCUCAGGGUGAUAAGAAGGAGUAGUCGUUCUGACGCUCUCUUUGGAUGAUUGGUGAUACUGGUUCUGAUAUUGUCUCGUCCCCUCUUCUUUUUUCUUUUGUCUCUAUCGAUGGUCCUGUGUUGGCCGAUAUCUCUCCUGUCUUUUCUUUAGUUAGAUCGAUGCAACAUUGCUGCUGGACUCUUCCGGUUGGCGAGGUAGUUAGAUUCGCUUAGACUUGGACGACAAUGAAAUAACUGCUUUUGAG